AUGGAACCGUCACUCCCGAGUGAAUCAGAUGUCAAGGAGCCCAAUGUUGAAGCAGCUCCCUACAGUGGUAAGAUAAUUGGUACACCCGAUAAAGAGGGUGAGCAAACUGGUGAGAGUCUCAUUUUCAAGGAACCAGCUCCCCUCUCCUCCUCUAUUUUUUUUCUCUGUCCCGAACUUCCAUCCAUAGCAGUUCUCUCCCUCAACUUCUCUCUUGGCACCACCAUCGGCCACCCUACUCCAACCGAGAGCCUUGCUGCAACCGAGCCACUCCACAGGCAGCCAUAUCCAGCCGUGAAGCUUCAGCGACCACCUUCUGCAGCACCAGCAAAAGCCAGAACACCAGCAGAAACCAGGCCAGCCGAGACCCGAAGACUGCAGGCACCAGCCAUCUUCUCCGGCAAGCCUCCAUGGCCACAGGACUCCAUGGAUGUAGUAGACCCAAGCACCAGCCCAAGCAGCCUCCUCUUCUCCUCUCUAUCAUCCUCACAUCCACGUCGCAGCCCUCUUCCUCCUUCUCAUCACCUAUCUCUCCGACCCUUCAUCUCUCUCCCAUCUCUCUCAGUUUCCCCAGUGACUAGAAGCCCAUGGCAACCCCAGCACCGUUCGCCACCACCGUACCCAUCUCCACGUCCAGCCACAUAUCCAUUAAUGGAGACAGCCCCUGGCUCCUCCGGCUUCGUCAACACCACCAACACCACUGUCUUCAAGCAUCAACAAGGACGGAAGCACAUCACCUCCUGGCACGGUCAGAACCCAUCCAUCAUCUCCAAUGAACCUGCACCAUCUUCGUCCCAUGCAACUUUGGCAUACCAGUCGGGCGUCAUCACUCGACCUCAUUACCAUCACCAUCCUCUGGCCACCCUCACGGCCAGCAGUUGUGCCUAG